AUGUCUUCACCAAUUAAGAUCAAGUUUCCAUCAUUCAUGCUUACCAUCAGCGGAGAGCUCUAUAAGCCAGCUGAUGGAUCCCCCAACCGCAAAGGCGCUGCCAUUGUGGUGAGCCAUCCCAUGACGGGAGUCAAAGAACAGACUUCAGCGGACUAUGCCCGAGCUCUAUCCUCAGCGGGAUUCUACGCCUUGACAUUUGAUGCUGGCUAUCAGGGUGAAAGCAGCGGCGAACCCCGUGGGCUAGAAGAUCCCCACCAACGCGUUGAGGAUAAUAAGGCUGCGGUUACGUACUUGACUACUUUGAAGGGCAAAGUCGACCCCGAGAGAAUCGGUGUCCUAGGAAUCUGCGCAUCAGGUGGAUAUACCUCGUAUGCUGCACAAUCUGACAUUCGCAUCAAGGCUCUUGGAACAGUCAGCGCUGCCUGUGUAGGUUUGAUGACACGCAAUGGUGGUCUGUACGAAAGUAACAAUAAAGAGUCACCUGAAGCCAUCGCUGGCGCUCUCAAGGCCGCGGGAGACUGGCGCACUGCCCAUGCCAACGAUACCAAAGCUCAAGCACCUCGUAUGUUUGAAACUGAAGCAUCUGCAGUGCCAGAAAAUGCGCCUUCGUUCUUUAAGUCAGCUGCCUCAUACUAUGGCACAAAGCGCGGCAACCAUGCUCGAUCCGAUCAGAGGGUUCCUCCAUCGAGCUACGAUUUAAUGAUUGGCUACGACUCGUUUAAUUAUCAGCAUCUCAUCUCACCACGGCCCUUGUUAAUGAUUGCUGGUAGUGAGGCUGAAACUCUGCACUAUAGCAAGACGGCGGUGGAGGGGGCAAAGGAUCCCAAGGAAUUGUUCAUUGUCAAAGGAAAGAAUCACUUCGAUUUGUACGAUGAUUUAACAGAGUCAGCGCCAAAGCUAGUUGAGUUUUACGCAAAUGCGCUCACUCAGUAA